UCAGACAUUGAGAGAAGCAUUUGAAUGUUUGCUGAAAUGACACCAGGUUCAAACCACACACUCUCAAGGAAAGGGAUUGAAAGAAAUUGCUGCGUGCUGUACAGACAACAGAAACCCAGAUCUGAGAGGAUCUGCCACUUUUCCGGGUCAAGGACAAAGGACCAGAGACAUACAAAAUCUCCCUGCCUCAGGACCUGUCUGACAUCUUGCUUCAAGGACCGGGCAAGGAUGGAGCAAAGGGAACCAGCAGUUGACUGUCAUGUUGAAGGGACUGAAGGAAGACUCAGGGAACUGGCUUCAAAGUGGUUCAUAGAGACUCAAGUGCCACUCAUCGUCCAGAACGGCUUCUUCCCCACCUGGUUCCUGGGCUUCAUCACAAGAAAGGAGGCUGAAGAAAUACUCAGAGAAAAGGAGCUGGGCUGUUUCCUGAUCCGUCUCAGUGAUAAGGCCAUCGGAUACAUACUGUCUUAUAAAGGCAGGGAUCGGUGUCGACAUUUCGUGAUAAACCAAAGUGAAUCAGGGAAGUUUGUAGUGUGUGGAGACACUGAGGGACACGACUCAGUCUCUGAUCUCAUAGAAUACUACAAGGCAAAACCCAUUCAGCCGUUUGGAGAGUACCUGGCAUCUUCGUGUUUUGAGGCACUGGAUAAAGAGCUGUAUGAUACCAUCCAGGUUAGCCCUAAAGAAAAGCAUGUGGCCACUGUCGGAAAUGUGAAGAACAUGCGAAAACCACAGAUUAACUCGGAGUCAGAGCAGCCGCCUGCACGGCCACCAAAGAGCAACAGGACCCUGGAGGAAGUACCACCUUUGCCUCGGAGAAGCAGGCACCUUGCAAGUGGCCCCCUGAAUGACCCGGACAGGGUUUUGUAUACUCGGCUCAUGAAGCAAUCACCCAGGGAGAUCCCCACAUUUCAACACAUCUGCCAAGACAAUCUCCCAGGAGAUAAUGUUGGGAGAGCUGAGAGAUCCACAAUCCAGGAUCAGAGCAGGUGUAGUCCUCCAUCUGGAGCAGAGUCUGUUUACUCUGAGCUCGGCCUGCUGGACAGCAAGAGCAGGUCUCUACCGCUUCUGGACAACAUCUCUGAUGGAGAGCAGUCCUACAGGCUGAGUGUACCCCCCCACACUCCUCCGAGACUUUCCCCCAAACCCGUCAGACAAACCGCUAGCUUAGCCCCACUGCCAGAGAGGACAGACUUGAGCAGCAGAGCAAGCAGCAGCCACAGCUUGGAACACAUAAGUGACAGUGCUGUCUAUCACCUGGCUGGCAGGCCUGGUAGUCCACACACUACAUCCUCUGGGACCAGGUACGCUGAGGUCCCCAAUGAAGCCGUCGUUGGUCGCUUCCCUCGUGACAACACAUACGAGCUGAUUCCUGGCCACGAGGACACAGCAACACCUGAACCCAACAGCAACACCUAUGAGCCUCUGGAGGACAUCAGACCUAAACAUAAACACCCAUCCUUUGGGUUAAAGAAUGAUAAAUGGAAAUGGCUGUUCCCUGAGGCCAAGAGGAAAUGGUGAAGAUGCUAUCUUACGAGCUGCUAAUACAAAUGUUCACUAGUUUUUCUCUGACACUACAGUGGUCCUGCCUAAUAUACACUUCGUGAAAGCUUCUUUUCAACAUGGGAUUACAUUUUCACAGCUAUUCAAAUGAUAUUUUCUGUAUUUUUGCAUUUUAAUGUAUUUAUUUAUGCUAUAUUUAGAUUUUAUUUUCCAUAUUUAAAUAAAUGACAGAUUCAAAGAGGAAAACUCACAAUUCUUUUCCUCAGAAAAAAAGU